GUGUGACGAGUCAGCCGCCACGAACUGGGUGAGACCAAACUAGUCUGAUCUGAAGGACCACAGGUCCCCCAGCUGCCCCAACUGCUUGACUCUCCCAGGAGUCCGGGGGGCAGAGCUUCCUCCUUUCUCAGAAACCCAGGAAUCUGGAUCACCAGGCUUUUCAUCACCCGGGACCCAGAAACCCAGCCUUCGCCCCCAUGGAGCCCUGCCGGUCCCUGGCCCUGCUCACUAGCUCCCUGGGCCUGUUGUCUCUCUUGGUGGCUCUGAGCACGAAUUUCUGGUUUGUGGCCGAGGGGCCCAGCUCCUCGUCUCACUCGGGCCUCUGGCCAAGGGGAGAUCAGGGCUCAGUAGAAGGCUAUAUCCGCGUGACACAGAGCUUCUGCGUUCUGGCUGUCCUGUGGGGCCUGAUCUCUGUGAGCUUUCUGGUCAUGUCCUGCAUCCCUUCACUGUCUGCCGCUGGACGCGGCCCCAUUGUCUCGACCUUCAUAGCCUUUGCCGCAGGUAAGGACUCCGGGCUGCGCUUGGGGCGCUGGGACCUGGUGAGUUUUCGCGGAGGGGCUGAGCCAUCCUUCUUGUCUCCAUCCCCAGCCCUCUCCCUGCUAGUGGCCAUGGUGGUCUACACUAUCGAGCGGUGGAAGCAGCCUGGACACCCCCAGAUCGACUCCUUCUUCUCCUGGUCCUUCUACCUGGGCUGGGUUUCAACUGUCCUCUUUCUCUGUGCAGGUGACUGCUGCCCUGGGGAGUUCCAGGGGUGGAUAGGGGCCCAGCUGGGGGCUCUGAGGGAGCAGGGCAGGAGCCAGGGUGUAACUUCUCUCUGCCAACCCAGGUGGCCUGAGUCUGGGAGCUCACUACAGGGCCCACCGGCCUGGCUAUGAGGCCAUGUGAACCACAGGACGGCUUUGGCGCUCCAUUCUCUGAAGGCGUCAUCAGGAACCAUGAAGACAGCUGGCUCUCCUUCUUGCCCUGACUCCCAGCGUCUGCAAGCUCUUUCCUUUGUGUCUUCAUUCAUUCAAUAAAAAUUUGCUGGGAUCUGGUUAUUCUGAGGUUAAUGCUACCACAACAGAAGCCAGCGACACUGCAGCUCCACGGUGGAUGACACUGGGCACCCAGAGAGGAGUCAAUCCUGCUACCUGCCCUGCCCUAGAGAUGCUCCCACCAGAGUGGGAACCAGUGUGGGCUCGGGCCUGGCCCCAGGGCCCUUGUCUCUCCAUCCUCUAUCUCUUUUCUUCCCUUUGUCUUUCUCCCUUUAGCUCUUUCCUUUUGCCCCUUCUGAUUUUGUCACCCUUAGCGCGCCUUCCUCAUUUCAUUAAUAAAUUCAC